AUGAGGUAUGCUCAGUUGGUGAUGGGACCAGCUGGGAGCGGAAAGUCCACAUAUUGUUCAGCUGUAGCAGAACAUAUUGAAAAUGAAAAAAAUUCAGUGAUGGUAGUUAAUUUGGAUCCAGCAGCUGAACGUUUCAAGUACUCUCCAACUGUUGAUAUACGUGAAUUGAUUCACGUUGAUGAUGCUAUGGAUGACGAUUUAUUGCAUUUUGGACCCAAUGGAGGAUUGGUAUUUUGUAUGGAAUAUUUAAUAGAAAAUCAAGAUUGGCUUAGGGACCAGUUGGGUGAAGACGAUGAUGACUAUAUUCUAUUUGAUUUGCCUGGACAAAUAGAACUAUAUACUCAUAUGAAAACUGUUAAACAACUGGCAGAAUUACUUCAAAACUGGGGAUUCAAUGUGUGUUCAGUUAUGUUGAUCGAUUCUCAGUUUAUGGUAGAUGGACCAAAGUUCAUUUCUGGAACAAUGGCUGCUUUAUCAGUUAUGAUAAACUUAGAACUUCCACAUGUUAAUGUUCUUUCAAAAAUGGACCUACUUAGUAAAACAGCUAGAAAACACUUGGACAAUUAUUUAGAGCCAGAUACUCGUGCAUUGCUGUCUGAUGUAAAAAGUCAUACAACCUGGGGAAAGAAAUAUCGGUAUUUAUCUAAAUGUAUUGGCCAAAUGAUCGAAGACUACAGUCUUGUUCAAUUUGUACCAUUAAACAUAAAAGAUGAGGAAAGUAUUUCUGGUUUACUAUAUACUAUUAACACAAUGAUUCAGUAUGGCGAAGAUCAAGAUGUUCGUAUGACUGAUUUUGAUCAACAAGAUUCAGAUGAUAAUGCAGGAGGCGUUGAAGAAUUUGAUUAA